AUUACGGUAAAGUGAGGAGCCGCUGUGUGAGCUCGCGCAGCUCGGGGCUUCAGUCCAGUCCAGUGUGUGUUCCUGACAUCUAAUCUGUGUGUGUGUAUGUGUGUGUGUGUGUGUGUGUGUGUGUAUGUGUGUGUGUUUAUUCCCCCUGCGCGGUGUGAGGAUUACUGAAGCUGUCUGAAACACACCUUUACACCUGAGCUGCUGCUGCGUUACAUCGCUUUUCCUUCUGUCUCGGAUCGACUCCGUGUCUCUGCUGCUGCUUUUAACGGAGCGUCACCUCGGCGCAUCUCCACACCUUCAUCAUCAUCAUCAUCACCACCAUCACCGUCUUUUUCAAGAGAUCAUGCUGGAGUGACGAGAGACUCGGAAGCUCGGCUGAACUGACGGCUUCGUCUGAGAGUCGGAGAGAGCGAGAAGCGAGUGAAGAAGGGGCCAAACAAGAAGAAGAAGAAGUGAGAGACGGGAAGGAGGUGUUUGGUCGUAUCAGAAAAGGCUGGAUGCCAGCAUCCAUCAGCUGCCAGGUGCCUCAGACAUGGCCUCCAACUUCAACGACAUCGUCAAGCAGGGCUACGUCCGGAUGCGGAGCAGGAAGCUGGGGAUCUACCGUCGCUGCUGGCUCGUGUUUAAGAAGUCAUCCAGUAAAGGGCCACGCCGGUUGGAGAAAUACCCCGAUGAGAAAUCAGCCUACAUCAGAGCCUGUCCAAAGGUGACGGAGAUCAGUAACGUUAAAAACGUGACGAGACUGCCACGUGACACCAAGCGCCAGGCUGUGGCCAUCGUCUUCACUGACGACACGUCCCGCACCUUCACCUGUGAGUCAGAGCUGGAGGCUGAGGAGUGGUUUAAGACACUGACCAUCGAGUGUUUGGGUACACGGCUGAACGACAUCAGUCUAGGAGAACCAGACCUUCUGGCAGCUGGAGUUCAGUGUGAGCACACAGAACGUUUUAACGUGUUCCUGUUGCCGUGUCCCAACCUGGACAUCUAUGGAGAGUGCAUGAUGCAGAUCACCCACGAGAACAUCUACUUAUGGGACAUCCAUAAUCCUCGCACAAAGCUGGUCACGUGGCCGCUCUGCUCGCUGCGCCGCUACGGCCGGGACGCCACCCGCUUUACCUUUGAGGCCGGCAGAAUGUGUGACAGUGGUGAAGGCCUGUACACAUUCCAGACGCGUGAAGGUGAGCAGAUCUACCAAAGGGUUCACUCUUCUACACUUGCCAUCGCUGAGCAGCACAAGAAGGUCCUCCUGGAGAUGGAGAAGAACAGCAGGCUAUUAUCCAAAGGCUCAGACCCAGACUCCUACCCCUGCACACCCACAGCCAUCCUGCCCCGCAGCGCCUUCUGGCACCACAUCACAGGAUCACAGGGGGCCAUGGACUCAAGUAACGGUGAGAUGUUCACGGCGUCUCAGUCAGGAGCCGAAUCGGACCUGUUCUCCACAGAGCACCACAAACAUCCAGCGCACUUCUCCACUUAACCCGGCCAGCGAGGAGCUUCACCUACUCACCUUCAGGAUUCAGGCCUGGACCUUCCUCCACACUGUCCUCCACCCUCUUCACGUUUGCUUUCCCCGCACCGGGGGCAGAUCUGCUAUACCCCGAUGCCCGAGUCAGUCCCGGUGGCUGGAGACGUGUCCUGAGAGGGAAUGCACUGUGAAACGUGACGUACGGAACAUUUGUAGUGGAUCUUUUUUUUCUAACAGAACAGUAGUGGCGCACGUUUAUUGCAUUUUAUCGACCCUCUGAAAAGUGGGUGGGGCUUUAGGGUUAGAACACCUCUGUAUCUCUCUCUCUCUAUCACAUGCACAAUGGUCAGUAUCCCUGUCUGUGUCUGUGUGUCGUUGGUGCAUGUCCUCUUUGACUGUGGAGCAGUUUUGAGAUUAGUAGCAGGACUGCGUUUAGUGUAGAUCACUUUGUUUACUGCCGAGGAUGAAGAGAAGAACGAGCAGAACUAGAGAAGGCUUCCAUUUGAACUGUAACAUGGUGUGUGAGAUUUAAUCUGAGGAGGGGGCAGAAGUUCACAAGGAACUCUGGGGAACUUUGAGGAACUCUGGAACACACCACCUGUCCUUCACCAGUGUUUUGUUUCUCUUUUCAUCAUCAUAAGAUGAUUUCUUAUCUUCCAGUCUUCUGUAGAACGUACUGCAUCUUGUAUUUCCUGUGACCGCGCCGUAACGCAGUGAUGAAACUGAUGACUUUUUGAAGAUCCAUUGAGAUGAUCUUCUGAGUGUCACAGCUGUGAGAUCUGUCCUGAUACAGAAAUUGUGGGAUGAUGAGGAAUACAGUUACACGUUAGAUCAGAUUUGUGUAUCUGUGUUAAUCAACCAAGCACAAGGUGAACGGAUUUUGGAUUACGCUUAAAGGAAAACUCCGCCCUGAAUCCCAUCAGUCACGCAUUAAUAAUUACUGACAUGUUGAUCUAUUUUCACUCUAGGUAAUGCUUUCCUAUAUUACCCACAAUGCCGCUCGACUACCUGCUGAUAGUGUUGCAGUGAGAUUUAGACCUGAAGAGAGCGAUGCAGCGGCACUUUAGUGCUUUCGUCUUUGUCCAGCUUUCUCACCUCCUUAUCUGUACACUCAGUUCAACACAUCAGCCAUUAACACGAUCGUCAACCGCUCCUCACCACCUACAUCACCCGCUCCUCACCACCUACAUCACCCGCUCCUCACCACCUACAUCACCCGCUCCUCACCACCUACAUCACCCGCUCCAUCUACAUC